UGUAUCCGAUGCUAUGAAUAGAAGGGAGGGUUUACAAGGUGUCAAUUUGUGGGCGAGACAGGUAGAUGUUGUACUGCGCUCGCUCACUCCACAGGAUCUUUCUCAUGGCUCCCAAGCCCAAACCCCACCGUCUCCAUCCAGGGACUGCAUUACAGAGCUCGGCGAAGAGAGUAAGAACAAUGAGCACAGAGUCUUCCUUCAAGGAUGCCUUUGGAAAAUACGCAGAAUAUCUCAAUGACCUUAAUGACAAACGGGAAAGAGUAGUUAAAGCUAGUCGUGAUGUCACCAUGAACAGCAAAAAGGUCAUAUUUCAAGUUCACAGAAUCAGUAAAUAUAACAAAGAAGAAGUUCUUGAGAAGGCAGAAAAGGAUUUAGCAGCUGUGACAGAUCAGUAUAUGUCCCGAUUAGUCAAAGAACUGCAAGGCACUGAUUUUUGGAAGCUAAGACGAGCUUACUCUCCUGGGGUGCAAGAAUACGUUGAAGCUGCAACAUUCUGUAAAUUCUGCCAAACAGGGACUCUUUUGAACCUGGAUGAGAUCAAUGCUAGUCUAUUGCCACUUAGUGAUCCAUCUCUUGAGCCUUUGCAGUUAAAAAUCCUUGACUAUCUUUUGGGGCUUGCAGAUUUAACAGGAGAGCUGAUGCGGCUAGCAAUUGGUCGAAUUUCAGAUGGUGAGCCUGAAUUUGCUGAGAGGAUAUGUAAGUUUGUACGUGAAAUCUACAGGGAGUUGAGUCUCAUUGUCCCACAUAUGGAUGAUAGUUCUGACAUGAAAACAAAGAUGGAUACAAUGCUUCAAAGCAUGCUGAAAAUAGAGAAUGCUUGCUUUAGUGUCCAUGUGAGAGGAUCAGAAUACAUGCCACUGCUUGGAUCUAGCGAGCCGAGUUCCUUUUUGUUGGGGGUGUCUGACAUUGAAUUAUGAAGUGAUUUCAUCUCUAAUUGUCAGGGAGUUGUCCUUGUCUGGAGGCAUUUAGAAGAGACAGAUUUUCUUGGUGAUAAACAGAAAUAGUUUUGGAAAACUUAGAAGUGAGCCCUUUGCCAAUGCAAACUCCUCUUUAGAAAAGUCACUUGCUUUGUUCAUUUUUGGAAAUAUUUUGUAAAAUCUGUUGAUGCUUACCUUCAGAAAAUAGAAUUUGCUCCUUAAAAGCUUUUCUCCAGUCUUUCAUAAGCUGUAGAAAUUGUGCAUUUGUGCUACUAUCCUUUCAGUUUCAAGGAAUGAAAGCCUUCCAUAGAGUUGUCAA